AUGGGCAAGAAGGAGUCGUACAGAAGAGGCGCAGUAGCAACAGCAGCUUCCCAUAAGCUGCCACCGCUGCAGCAGCAGCAGAAUCGACCGCCUGCGGACGAACUUGGGCUGUCAGCAGACAGUUGCAGCAGUGGACUGCAGCACCAGGUGCCAGAUGCAGAGCUGCAGCACCAGCAGAAAGUCUCUACCGGGCUGCACGAGGAGGCACAGCAGCAGCAGCAGCCAGAGCAGCAACAGCAGCAGCAGCAGCAGCAUUCAAGACAGCAGCAGCAGCAGACAGCCACUACAGAGCGAACCUGUGAGGACGCAGCUCUCAGCCUGCUAAAAGCCACCUUCGAGCUGCACCGCGCAGGGCCACAUACCCAGGGGUUGCUGUUACCACAGGCGGGAGCAGAUGUCCCUCUGCUGCACUUGCUGCGGCUGCAGGAGGCAAUCCUGCGCGAGCUCGUGCACUUGCGCCAGCAACAGCAGCAGCAGGAGCAGCAACACCAAGAACAACAGAGGCAGCUGCAGCAGGAGCAACCACAAGUCAAGAUUCCAUUUGCAGGACAUAGCAGACACAGCAGCAUAAAGAGCCUAUUCUCUCUUCCUGCUACCUUUUGUCGGGGCAGCGGCAGCAAAGAGGAACUGCCUGCAGCAGCAGCAAAAGCAGCGGCUCCCUCCCACGUGGUAGCCACAAGCACGACUUCGAGCCUCCACGCUGCUUCCCUCCAACGAAGCAGCAGCUGCAGCAGCAACGGCAGGAGCAACAGCAGCAGGAACAGCAGCAGCUGCAGCAAAGGCUGCAACGACGCCAUUACAAGUGCUUUCUUCGAGAGCCCUUUGCCGGAGGUGGUGCUCAUAGGAGAUACCCUCGCUGUGAGCCGAAGGGCCCACAGAGACUCGCAGCGGCUAGCAGCACUUCUGGACUGCAAAGGAGUUCCUUAUUUGUUUAUAGACACCAACGCGGCUGCUGCACAGGCUCUGGGCACCCACGACUUGCUUCUCCUUGACCGUCUCCGCCAACAACAGCGGCUGCUGACUCUCGAAGCCGCAGGGGGGCCCCCCAGCGAGGCUGCUGGGCCUGGGGGCCCCUGGGGGAAGCCGGGGGGGCCCAGUCGUGGCCGUAGGAAGGCCAGCAAAAGGGCUUCAGCAGCAGCUGCUACAAGCGCGGCUGCCGGGCCAGUGCCCCCCCAGCUGCUUAUUGAUGGGGCCCCUCUUGGGACUGCUGCGGAAGUGCUGGAGUUAGAAGAAGAGGGUUUUCUUGGUGGGCAGCUGUUUGUGCUUGGGGCCUCAACCUAG